AUGACUUCCAAUACUAGUAACAAAUCCAAUGGUAAUUCAAGUCCAUACAUAGGUAGCGGCGGGAAAUCCUCAUCUUCUUCUAGCAAUUCUAAAUGGGUGUUCUAUUAUUAUGGCGCAAAUGGAAGUCGUUCUUGCGGAAAUUUAUGCAUAGUUACUGUUGUGUUCGUAAUAAUAUCUAUAAUAUCGGUUAUUGGAUGUGGAAUUUUGCGUUGUUAUGGAAUAAGAAGAAGAUCUAGAGCCGAACUUGCAGAAUUAGAAAAUAAUAGAAUUGAUUUUGGUGAACAUAAAAGUAAUUAUUAUGGAUAUAACAACAAGACGUAUUAUAAUAAUAAUAGCAGACCUCCCUCGGCUUAUGCCUCUACAUCCGUAAUUCCAAUAACGUUUCCUGCUCCAAUUCACGAUGCUCCAUAUAAUAAAUUGAAACCUUCCAGAAGUUUUGAUUCUAUGGAUGAGAUUAUACAAAAGAAAAAAUACUAA